CACACGCCGCACUAUAAGACUCCCUGCGUCUCCCCACUCACUCCAUUCAAACCAGAGUUGUUUAUUCAGUAUGUAUUCUGAGCUGGAGUGUGGGAUCUGUUACCGGCACUAUACCCCGGGUCUGCGGUGUCCCCGGGAGCUCGGCUGCCAUCACACUUUCUGUGAGAGCUGCCUCCGGGCUUUGUCCCGAACACCGACCCCAGAUGAAUGGCGCUGUGGAGCGGGCAGCUGUGUCAUCCUCUGCCCGCUGUGCCGAGAAUCCACGUUCAUCUCCAGCGAAGGGACAAUCCGAGCCGAGCUCCGGGUGGACGAGUGUGUCCUGGUGCGACUCUUAGACGAGGGAGUUCUGGAGCGAGAGGAGGAGGAGGAGGAGGAAGAUCCAGUGGAUCAAGUUACAGAGAACCAGAAGCUGAGCGCGACUACGCCUGAGACUCCAGCCGAGGAGGGUGAGUCCUCCCCGGCCCACAGAGGCAGCAGGCUGCGGCGGUCAUGGAAGAAAGUUUGGCGGGUGAUCAGUGGGAAGGACUCAGAGCAGAGCAGCGAUCAGAACUGUAUCACCCACGACGACCUGAGGAGCCUGGCCAUGAUGUCCUGCUACAUGUUUUGAAAUCCACCUUGUUGGG